GGGCUCGGCGCUGCGCAGUGCCCCCGGUUCCCGGCACCAUGGGUGGCAAAAGAGUCUGCAUCGUGGGCUCCGGCAACUGGGGCUCGGCCAUCGCCAAGAUCGCCGGCAGCAACGCGGCGCGGCUGAGCACCUUCGAGAACCAGGUGAACAUGUGGGUGCUGCAGGAGGAGGUGGGCGGCCGGCAGCUCACGGACAUCAUCAACACAGAGCACGAGAACGUCAAGUACCUGCCAGGGCACAAGCUGCCCCCCAACGUGGUAGCAGAGCCAGACCUGCUGAAAGCCUGUGCUGGGGCUGACAUCCUCCUCUUUGUGGUGCCCCACCAGUUUAUUGGCAAAGUCUGUGACCAGCUCAAGGGCCAUGUGAAGAAAGAUGCUGUUGGGAUGUCACUCAUCAAGGGGGUGGAUGAAGGACCAGAUGGGCUGAGGCUGAUCUCUGACAUUAUCCAUGAGAAACUGGGAAUAGAGAUGAGCGUCCUCAUGGGGGCCAACAUUGCAAAUGAAGUGGCAGAAGAGAAGUUCUGUGAAACAACCAUCGGCUGCAAGGACCUGCAGCAUGGGCAGACACUGAAGGAGCUGAUGCAGACACCGAAUUUCCGGGUGACAGUGGUGCAGGAAGCUGACACGGUGGAGAUCUGUGGGGCUCUCAAGAACGUUGUGGCUGUAGGAGCAGGUUUCUGUGAUGGGCUCGGCUAUGGAGACAACACAAAGGCUGCCGUGAUCCGUCUGGGGCUGAUGGAGAUGAUCGGCUUUGCCAAACUCUUCUGCAAGGGCCCUGUCACCUCCUCCACGUUCCUGCAGAGCUGUGGGGUUGCUGAUCUCAUCACUACCUGCUACGGUGGCCGCAACCGAAAGGUGGCUGAGGCUUUUGCCAAGACUGGGAAGUCUCUUGAGCAGCUGGAGAAGGAGAUGUUGAAUGGGCAGAAGCUGCAGGGUCCCCAGACGUCUGCUGAGCUCCAUCGCAUCCUGAAAAGCAAGAAUGCGGUAGAGAAGUUCCCCCUCUUCACAGCUGUGUAUCGGAUCUGCUAUGAGGGCAAACCCGUUACUGAUGUCAUCAAGUGCCUCCAGAACCACCCUGAGCACAAGUAAGGGGGCUCUGCCUGCAAGACCUGAGCCUGCCAAGAUGAGCAGAGAGCUACAGCUUUGUAAGGAGUCCAGGUCUCCUGGGAGCCUUUGCAGGGUGCUGGAAGGGCAGAGGGUCCCUUUCUCAGCCUUGGACACUGCCAGCCUGAGCCUGGCAUCUGCACAGAGGUACCUGUUGAUCUCCCUUUCUCUUCGAAGGGCUCAUUUAGCUUCUGCUGCUGUCUAGGCUCUGCCCUGAGCAGGGCUGAGCAUCUUCCUCCUUCUACUUUCUCCUGCUGUGAUGAACUCAGUUCUCAGAGGGACUCUGCCAGCUCACCUUAAGGAGGCACUGCCUGGAGGACAAGCUUUGCUAUUAGCCCCAUGGAGCCACUCUGCAUGACACCAACCCUCUCCUGCUUUUAGCUUAACUAUCUCAUGCAGAGGACACAGUUCCCAGCCAGGCUCCACCAGGGUGAAUGAGGCUCCCCAGGACCUGUGAGGGGCUGAGAAUCACUCUUCUUUCUAAGCAGCCCAGCACAGAGCCCAACACCCUUUGCCACGUUGCCAUGUGCUGCUGCCCCAGCCACCCCCAGCUGCCCUGGCCAAUGCUUUGUGCGUGAGGGCACUUGUUUAUUUAGGCUUUUGGCUCUUGCACUCAAACCUCCCCUGUUGUCACAGCUUUGCCCAUGCUGAUUCCGUGCCCAUCCCUGGACAGCCUUUCUCCCUCACUUGUUUGUUCUCUUGGCUUUGGCAAUGCAGGGACCAACUGCCCCAAAGUCUUUGUGAGCAGCUGUAACAAGUGCAACCCUUGGCUGUGGACCUGACAGAGCAGUUGGGUCAUGUUGCUUUUAGAUGGAUGAGCCACAGCAGCUUUUAGCCUUCUCUCUGCCUUGCUCUACUCUGUGCCUUAGCCCAGUCUUUGCUUCUGUAUGUGGCUUUCUAGGAGCUGAGAAAGCAGGUUCCAUGCUUCCUUUCCCUGCUGCCCCUCUUGCGAGGGUGCUGGAAAGUGCCCUGGCACAAGGGGCAGCAAAGGAUGCGUGACCCACAAAGAGACACAAGGAGACCUCCGACACCACAGGCGAGGACAGAGGUCUCAUGCCUCAUGCUGUGCCUUUGACGCUUGCCCCGUGUCCAGCCGGGUGCCACGUGCUUUCCGGCCCUCUGAAGCUGCUCCUGUUUGCUCAGGCCAGCGUGGCCGGUUCAGUGAUCCCUGUGGGGGCUGGCAGGCUGGAGCUGCCCCAGGGCUCGCUGUCCACCCCUGUUCCAGGUCCUCGAGCUGCUGGCUCCCUGCCUAGCCCUGUACCUUAGGAAUGUUUAAAGUGAUAAUAAACGUGGAGAGGAGAUGGGAGACACGC